GCUUUGAAACUGUAUCAACAAUCAACAGUAAAUCCUGGCGAUAACAAGUUUAUUUUGCCGCGUCAACGAAAUGGACAUUUAAACAUUUGUCGUCCUGAUACUUUUGUGAAGCGAAAAUGUUGCCAGGAAGACCUCCGGUGACAGAGAAUCCUUUGGGACUCUCUUGGCAUGACAGCGCUUGGAUUCCUGUAUUAAAUCCAAACAACAUAAUGGAUUACUUCUCUGAAAGAAGUAAUCCUUUCUAUGAUAGGACAUGCAAUAAUGAAAUUGUUAAGAUGCAACGUUUGAGCCCUGAUCAAUUGCAGAAUAUGACUGGACUGGAAUAUAUCUUAUUACAUGUACAGGAACCUAUUUUAUAUGUAAUUAGAAAGCAACAUCGUCAUUCUCCUAUUCUAGCAGCACCACUUGCGGAUUAUUAUAUCAUUGCAGGUACCAUAUACCAAGCACCUGAUUUAGCAUCUGUUGUCAGCUCCAGAUUGUUGUCUACAGUGCAUCACUUACAAUCUGCUUUUGAAGAAGCCAGCUCCUGUUCCCGUUAUCAUCCUAGUAAGGGAUACUAUUGGGAUUUCAAAAAUGGGAAAGCCUUGGCUGCUAAAAAGGAAACACCUGUUCGCGAGGAACCUAGCUCUUUAUUCCAACGUCAAAGGGUAGAUAUGCUACUCGCGGAACUUACGCGGAAGUUUCCAUUGUCUGUUCCAAAGCCAGUGCAUCAAGCUACAGAAUCACCUAUCGAAAUUAAACAAGAAGUAAAAGUUGAGAAGAAAGAUAUGAAACCACCGCCAGAAAAGAAGCCAAAAGUUAAUUAACGAAAAUUGUAAUAUAUAAGGAUUUAGGUUUAUGUAAUUUGUAUAAUGUCUAUUAUCAUGGGACAUUUACUUCACGAGACAGGCAUUUAACAUUUUAAUUGUAUUUUUUUCUGGAAUAUAAAAACUGUGAUGAAUUGGUAUGCGAUGUAUUAGUAUUAGAUUUAAUGUAAAAUUAAAGACAAGUUGAAUAUUUUUUAUUUCA